ACUCGUUGCCCCUAACUCUCUCGAGUCACAAAGAAUGUACAAGACGAAGCUACAAGAGCUUUGCCACCAGUACGGGUGGAAUUUGCCAGAGUACGGGACGGAGAAAGAGGGACCUGAUCACAACCCUCGUUUCACAGCCACUGUUACCGUCAAUGGAUUCUCCUUUGCGUCACCCAAGGACCAUUGCCGAUCCUCCAAAGAAGCCCAAAAUCUUGCUGCCCAUAUCGCCUUUGCCCAUUUCACUUCCCCCAAAUCCGCCCAGGCCUUCUCACAUCACAACCUUCCUUCACCUUCACCUGCUGCUGCACUACCAGCCUCCUCUUCUUCUGGCGCUUCAACAUCAAGCAGUAAGGUGGAUGUUUUUGAGAAGGUGGAUGUUAGACCUCCAAAUAUGGAUAUUUUUCAACAAAGACAGAAUAACGCUGGACAACCUUCUCGUGUCAAUGGAACUCCAUUGGCUGGUAGGGACGCUAAUACCUCGAAAGGGAUGCUUCAUCUAUACAAGAAUCGACUACAACAGUAUGCCCAAAAGCAAAAUCUCACUUUACCCGUGUAUUCUUCUGAACUUGAUGGCCCUCCGCACGCCUGUCGUUUUAGGUCAAAAGUGACUAUUGAUGGAAAAACUUAUGAAACUCAGGAAUUCUUCUCUACAUUGAAGGAAGCUGAACAUGCAGCUGCAAAAGGUGCUUUUGAGUCAUUAGCGCUGAAUGACAUUCAGGAGGAUGAAGGUUUAUACAAGACACUUUUGCAAGAACUGGCUCAAAAAGAGGGUUUACUUUUUCCAGUUUAUGAUACAGCCAGAGCUGGCCCACCUCAUGCACCAACAUUCAGUUCAACUGUGGAAGUUGGAGGUGGGACUUUUCAAGGACAAGAAGCUAAAACCAAGAAGCAAGCAGAGAUGAAUGCUGCAAAGGUUGCUUACAAUGCCCUUGUGAAACGUAAGGGUAGUCAAAUUGAUCUCCCUGAUGGUAAUUUGAAGAGUAUCUUAGGGGUUGCAUCUUCUAGCUCGCAGUCAACUAUCGAAGAUAGUGCAAAGCACACAAUCAGGGCAAAUGAAGUUGAAAACGAUGCUUGUAACAGGAGGCAUACUGGCGUGUCUGUUAAUAAAGGCGGUCAACUAGGUGAAUCUCUUAAGGUCCUUCCAGCCAGUUCAGGAUGUGCUGCUACCGAUGUACCACAACCAGUUGUUCAGCAGAAAACCAAAUUGAUAAUUGAAGAACUAAAUCUGCAAAAAGAAGAGACAGAUACAAAUGCAAACAGACACAGAUGCUCAACUGCACCCAAAACAUAUUCUGUUAUCAGGGAUCCAUGUCCUGCUGCCUCCUGCUCGCCUGAUGGGCAGUCUUCUGCUUCAGCGGUCUUUGAUCAUUCAACUGAUUCAGUUGCGGAGUCUGUUGAUUCUGGUACAUAUGCUGGGACCAGUAUUUUGCCAAACGAGAAGAUUUUCAUUUUCCCCCGGAAUGAAAAUAUGGAGCUUCCAAAUGGUGCUUGUGUUUUGCCUUGCAGCGAUGAAAAAUGGGUUGCUGCUAGCUUAGAAUUGAAUCGAAAUCGCUAAUUGCAAAAACUUACUUUUGUGAUGCUUUUUGAUGAAUCUUGUUGAUAAGCGUCAACUCAGAUAAUGCUGCUUUCUUUUCUAGGAGUUAGUACUAUAUAUUUGCGUAAAAGAAACCAUCUUCUGACAAUUGAUAUAGAAAUUAAUCUAGGCUAUCUCGUCUGAGUAAGUGCUAUGUAGUGUGUGUUUAUGAAGAAAUUUUUAGAUUCCGUAAUACUUUUUAGAAGACGGGCAAAAUGUUAGUUUGCGAAGCAAGAAAACACAAGAGUAAACAGUUUAGCCAAUUCUGAGAUAUCCUUUGCUGGCA